AAGAUGGCGACUUCAAUGCUGGGAUGCAAGGAGUGAAUCUGCGCUCCAGACUUCCAGACCUGCAGCGAAAAUACACACCGCGCUCGACGCAUCAGCAGGCGGUGAAAAUCCGCCGCAAACCCCGCUCACCUCUCCCCGUUUCCCGGCGCUCACCGUUUAGUUGUCCCUGUUAAAGUUGAUCUGCAACCGCCUGUAACACAUCGCUUAUACAGGAUUCAGACACCGGGCAAUUCUCCAAAACCUCUCGUCCUUACAGUUUGACGUUAUCCGUCAUAUAACCGGCUGCAUUCUGUAUGGAAAAGCUGUGAGGAUUUAAGGCGGGUCAUUGUUUAUUUGUCUUCUUUGUCCGGCUGAAUCACUGUCUGCAAUGGCCAUCCAUGUGUUCGAUAAUGAUGAGUACAGACCCCCGGUGUGGAAAUCCUACUUGUAUCAGCUGCAGCAGGAGGCGCCACAUCCACGCAGAGUCACCUGCACAUCAGAGGUGGAGAAUCGGCCCAAGUAUUACGGACGAGAGUAUCAUGGGUUGAUCUCCAGAGAGGACGGGGACCUGCUGCUCAGUGUGGCUGAAGGAAGUUAUCUGAUCCGGGAGAGCCAGAGACAGCCGGGCACAUACACUUUAGCUCUACGCUUUGGGAAUCAGACCCGAAACUUCCGCCUCUUCUACGACGGGAAGCAUUUUGUGGGGGAGAAGAGAUUCGAGUCGAUCCACGACCUGGUGACAGACGGUCUGAUCACGCUCUACAUCGAGACCAAAGCAGCCGAGUACAUCUCCAAGAUGACCAUCAACCCCAUCUACGAGCACGUGGGCUACACCACGCUCAACCGCGAGCCGGCGCUCAAGAAAACACUGCCCGUCUGUAAAGACCUGCCCGACGGAAAACACUCGCCUGCAGAAGACAGCGGCCUGGAGGAAAGGCUCACGUCGCUGGUCCGCCGAGCCACGCUGAAGGAGAGCGAACGCGUGCCCAAAUACGAGAAAGUCCACAACUUCAAGGUGCACACCUUCAGAGGGCCACACUGGUGCGAGUACUGCGCCAACUUCAUGUGGGGACUCAUCGCUCAGGGAGUCAAAUGUGCAGAUUGCGGGCUGAAUGUUCAUAAGCAGUGCUCAAAGAUGGUGCCGAACGACUGUAAGCCGGACCUGAAGCACGUGAAGAAGGUUUACAGCUGUGAUCUGACCACGCUGGUCAAAGCCCACAACGCCAAACGACCCAUGGUGGUGGACAUGUGCAUACGAGAGAUCGAAGCACGAGGGUUGCAGUCGGAGGGUCUCUAUCGCAUCUCUGGAUUCAGUGACUUGAUUGAAGACGUGAAGUUAUCGUUUGACAGAGAUGGAGAGAAGGCCGACAUCUCAGUGAACGUGUAUGAAGACAUUAACGUGAUCAGCGGAGCUCUGAAACUGUACUUUAGGGACCUGCCGAUCCCCGUCAUCACCUACGACGCUUAUCCUCGCUUCAUCCAGGCUGCCAAGCUGACAGAUCCAGAUGAGCGUCUGGAGGCUCUUCAUGAAGCUCUGAAGCUGCUUCCUCCUGCUCACUGUGAAACACUGCGAUACCUCAUGGCACACCUGAAAAGGGUCACUCAGAAUGAGAAGGAUAACCUGAUGAACGCCGAAAACCUCGGGAUCGUCUUCGGGCCGACUUUAAUGCGGGCUCCAGACCUGGACGCCAUGACGGCUCUAAACGACAUCCGCUACCAGCGGCAGGUGGUGGAGCUGCUCAUCAAAAAUGAAGAUAUCCUCUUCUAGCACUGUUCCUCAGACUCUGGACUCAAACAUGAAGGACUGCUGUAUUAUAGGACUUCUUUUUUCGGACCGUUGUACUUUUUCCAGCUUCUCUUCUGUAUUUUUUGCAUGUCUUCCUCCCCAUUUUUGUCGGGGGUCGCUGGAGCCGAAGAGGCGGAGUUUAGCGAUGUGGGCGGGGCCUAUUCAGCGUUAUUAUGCGAUGCCGUUUUUCGUAAAAAAAAUUGUGAAUUUUGAUAUCGUCAGUUUUGGAGGUACUUCAUCCGAUGAGCCGUCAAUGUAAAGAUGCCGAUAAUAAUGUCGACUUCCGCUAUAUAACGUCUUACACUGAAACAAAACUUGAUUUAUUGGGUUUACUCAAUUUUUAUUUAAGGUAAGUGUUUGCAGAUUGCUUACAUGGGCUGGAUUUUAUCAAACAAUUACAAUUUAGUAAUGUUAAACGUAAUUAGCUUGUUUAAAUUCAACCCAUAUAAAUAGUUUGCAAACAUUUACCUUAAAAAAAUUGAGUAAAUCCAAUGAAUCUUUUUUUUCCAGUGUAUUUAGACAAUCCUCUCAUGUUUUUCAUUUCAUUUUGUUUUGUUUUGUUUGUUUUUUGCUAUAAAUGUCUGUGAUUGGGUUAUGGCUCUGCAGGUAAAGUGCCAACAGUGAGUUUUUUUAAUUAUUAUUAUUAUUAUUAUUUUUAAUAAUCCGCUUUCUCGAGUCAGAUCUCCUCACCAGAGCGAUGAACUUCUGCUGUAGACGGAUAUUCAGGAGGAAUAUUCACAGUCCAUGUACAUUUCGACCUUUAGAAACCCCCUCAUGACUGCUUGAUGUUUUUUUGGUUCUGUGUUUUUGUAUUUUGAUUUGAGCAUGAAGACGUUAAUUUAUUAAAAUGUUCUUUUAGUACCGCU